CGUCCCUCUGUCGGGGCAGACAGAGAUGCUGCUGAGGACUGGACUGAGAACACUGCUGUUGUUGACGCUGCUGACAUAUUGGACUCAAUGGACAGAGCGAGGUGUGUGUGCGGUGACGGUGCCCCUGCGGUGUGUGUGUGUGCGGGAGCUUAAGUCUGUACUGUGGAGAGACAUCUCACAUGUGGCCAUCAUGCCAGAAACACAGCUCUGCAGGGCACACAUGAUAGUAACACUGAAGGACAAGAGGAGAGUGUGUUUGAACCCAAGAUCAGAGCAGGGAGUCAGGCUGAAGAACUGCUGGCAGAAGGUGGGUCAGUCUAAAGCCAGGAGGAGGUCCUGUCUGAGACCAGCUAAACCACCGAAGCCCAAAAGGUCCUGCACGCAGACGACACAACAACGUCAAAACAACGCCCCAGCAACAGAUCUCAUACCCCACUACUGCACCGUCCACCAUACGAAUGCAGACACCACCACAGCCCUCACCAAAUAACAACCUAACAAUGAAUCUAUAAAGGUAGAAUGUGUAAUUGUUUUAGUAGUUUGUUUCCAGUAGUGAUGCUGCCCUUCCACAAAUGUCAUCUUUUUCAUGAAUAUUCAUCACCGUCAGUUAUGGCACAUGAAUCAGUGGAUCUUCUUCAUGUGAAUCUGCCAUUUUUAAUUACUCAUUUUUUUCUAGCAAAACCUGUGAUCAGAUCAAAAAAUACUACUUCAUUUACUAGGUAAACAUCAAAAAAAAAGACUAAUCUGUGACUGGACAGCAUACAUGUUGGAAAUUAACUAGGCCUACUGAAAUUACAGGCUGUACCUUUAUGUAUAGGCCUUCAACUAUUGGCAAUAAGCACCUUCACCGUCAGUCAUCUUGUCAUGCUGUAUGUGUAACACUACCAUUAAACUCACCUGUCAAUCAUACAGUAUUUGCAACAAACCUCUACAAUUACAUCUGGGCUCUGACAGUCAGUCUGUGCUGUUUUCACUACACCUGAGCAGAGUAUUAAUCCUCUGAGUGGUAAUCUUAUAGCAAGUGUGUAUCCUGUCAGUCCUUAUCAAAGAGUGUCUAUAAUUCUUGCACGUUUAAGUCUAAGUUUAAGACACAGUAGUAUUUUCUUAAGCAGAGUGUUUUAGUGUGUAUCCAGCUUGCACUUGCAAUGAGUGUGUAUGUGAGAUUUUCAUUUCCACUUAAUUAGCAUUGAAAUAAGCACUUAUAACGUGGCACAAGUAUGUCGUAACUCGCAACUCAUGGAAGUCUGAGUCUGAGACUAGCAUUGUACCCAUGUCUGAUGCUCAAUACUUUGUGGUAAUUAUUUUAGUUAACAUUUCUAGUUUUAGUUUUUAACAUUUCUGUAUUGAAUACCUUAGUAAUAAAUACAUUGUUAAUGAAUGUGCUAGUGAUACAUUUAAAACAUUUUAUUUAGCAUGUAAUGGUAAUGCUCAUCAUUCAUAGGUCUCCCUGUAUGUUGUAGAGUGC